UUUUUUUUUAGUUCAAGUCGUAAUAAUCUCUAUCUCUCACUAUAUAUAUUUCUAUUUCUACUUUUCUUUCUUGUUUUUAUUUCAUUUCUUUUCUAUAUACAUAUAAUUUUUAGUUUUAUUUUUUUUUCUAUUCUAUUCUAUUCUCUUCCAUUCCAUUCCAUUCCUUUCCUUUCCUUUAAGUUACGUCUAUGCUAUCAAAUACCCAUUCUUUUCGAAAAUUAAAUCUUUCAAGUAAAAAGAAACGAUCAAGAUUUGAUCUUUCAAAUAGAAAUAUGUCCCUUGAAGAUUUAGCUUUAUUAGUUAAAAGAUUAUCUGUUCAAAUUGAUGACCUUGAAAAUAAUCGGAAAGAUGAUUCAAAUCGUACAAAAACGGAUAGUAAUACAACAUUAAAUCAACAGGAGAUUCCUUUACCUCAACCUAAUCUAGAAUCUCGUCAUCCAAUGGAAAAAAAGUCACCGUCACCCUCUGUUCAGAUCAUCAUUGACCCUUGGGCUUCUUAUGUACCUCAAUCUUAUGGUGCUCUCUUACAAAAGAUAGAAGAGAUUGAAUGUCUUCAAAAAUGUCCUAAUCAAUGUUGCUCCUCUACUAUUCGAGUUUCUUCUGCUGAUGGUGUGCCUUGGCCACGUCCUAUUGAACCAUUUCAGUCCACUCACUCAAGGGUCUGUCAAGCCAAUAAGUUGGAUAUUUUAGACACACAAUAUACGCAUUGGUGUACCUUGAUGCGUUCUAUACCACUCAUGGAUCCUGUGGCUUCGACUUGUGUUAAAACAAUUGGUUUAUUUGCCAUGAGGGAAUUGUUAAAGCAAAAGGCAAUGCAUAAACGAGAAUAUAACGAUCAUGAUUGCUAUCAUCAUACACUCUCUAAACAAACCACCACCAUUUCCCCUUCCUCUUCCUCCUCCUUCUUCUGCUCAUCAUCACCAUCUCGCCUUCCUACCGUGAUCGAUCCUGGUAAGACGAUUCCAACUGUGAAGCCAAAGACAAUAAAGGAUUCUUUAAACUCUUUAUCUUCUCCAGAGAGACCAUCAGGAAGACAAACAUCUACACCUCUUCAUAUGGUUGCAAAUGAAGAUAUGCCAUCUUGGAUGUGCACAUCAGAAACAAAGACAGCUAUCCAUGAAUUAAGUCUGGAUGAUACACAACCACCACCACCACCUGUACCUCCAAAGGAAGUCAUCGUCACUCCAACUCCCUCAGGACGUUCAUCCCCUUUAUUUUCUCAUACAAGACUUCAAAAAUGGAUCAAGUAUAAAAAGGCUCAAAGGAAAGCAAAUACCGAUACUGCUUCUACUCCUAUAACUCAUUCUCAAUCCUUUAUCAAAAAGAACAAAUCUUGGUUUUUUUAGUUGUUAUUUAUCAUUUUUAAUUCGUAACCUUCUUUCCUCCUCCUACUAUGAAUGGCCUUUUCUUUUCCUGUUUCUUUCUUUCUCUUUCUCUUUCUCUCUCUGUGUGUGUGUGUGCGUAUGUUUUCUUUCUUCCUUCCCUGUUAUUAUU